ACGACGUCAAUACAGCCGGAAUCUAGCCAUCUGCUUACGCGUUGACGCAGUCUGCCAGCCGGUCUGGUGACUUGUCUAAGCCCCUUCAAAUGCGUCUUUUUGCCCAUCCUCAUUAGGGGAGGUUUCUUCACUGGUAGCCAAGCACCAACUGCGGCGUGUGCUAAGGCGACCAAGAGCCGAUUGAAGCUUGGCAUGAUCUACAGAGUCUCGCCGCGAGGAGGCUUAAAGAGCAGUGAUCGUUUGAGCUACAACCUGGUGGCGUCAAAAGGUAUGCACGAGUGCCCUUGUGCCCCUCCAGCAACCAGGCUACGCGCGGACACGAUGAGCUUGGAUCCAGACAGCAGAACACAAGACGGGCUGUCCCCGACGGUGGCGUCCUCGCCACCCCGCGCGCCGGACCAGAGGCCCCCGCCGCCGGCCUACGCCGAGGCGGCUGUAACGACAGGCGCCCGCAGAAGCAGCGGCGCCGACGCCAUCGUGCCGCCCGGCACGCUCUACCUGGCAUCGAACCAGAUCUACCCGGGCGACGACACGGGCUCCUCGGGCGCAUCGCCGCUGUACGAGCUCUCGCUCGCCGUCAGCUUCCUGAGGGACCGGACCAGCCCCGUGCGGCUCGAGCGACUCGAGUACUCUGUGCGCCAGCGGCUGCAGCACGACCACCCUGAAUUCCGGCAGGAGGCGGCGGGCCUGCCGCCCGGCGUCUCGGUCCGCCGCAGGCACAUCUACAAUCUGGCGCCCGCCCCCCCGCGCAGCGUCGGCGGCAGCGGCGGCGGCGGCUACGCGGCCGACCCCGAGGUGCGCGCCGCCCUGGGGCCCAUCUCCGUGUCGGAUCGGCGGUCGUCGCUGGUUGGGUCCGGCGGCGGCGGCUGCCAGGCGUGGCGGCCGGCCAGGAGUGGAGGAGGUGGCGGCCGCGGAGCGGAGCUGCUGUUCGAGGCGCGACCCGAAGGCGGUGGCCACGGCCGCGUCCACAGGGACGAUAGAACGCUGCAGUGGUUCGCGUACGGCCAGUGCGCGCCCGACGGGGAACACGCUAGCGAUGGUGGUGAUGGUAGUGGCGAUGGUGGCAGCGGUAGCAGUAGUAGUAGCGGCGGGGGCAUGGGCACGGGCUGGCUGGUGGCGCGCGAGGACCAGGACGAGGCGGAGGGGCUGUACCGGCUCGUGGUGCUGGCGCCGCUGGGCCGGCAGGCGAGGGACGCGCUCGUGGCGGCGUGGUGCUGCCGCAUCUGCGGCAACGUCGUUGGCGGGAGGGGCAGCACCGGCCUGGCCAAGUUUAAACGCGUCAUGAGCAUCAUCAAGCCACCCGAGUCGAUUACGCUGAAGCAGAGAUACCACUAGUUCCUCAUGAUGAAGAUAGAAAAAUAUGCGGAUAUGCAUUCAUCGAACCGCAUUCUACCAUGUCCCAGCACCGUCCCAUUCGUUGUCUUCAGUCCAGCCCCGCGUCCACUACCUCGACAGGAUGGCCCUCAGCACCUCGUCCAGCUUCUUGGUGGCCCAGGCCUCGUCGCCCUUGAGCUCGCGGCACCGCCAGGCCACGAAGCGGUCCGGGCGCGCCAGCACGCAGCCCGACUCGCCGACGGCGCGGACGCGCGCCCAGUCGAAGUAGACGUCCUCGAGGUCCUGGUCGUAGCCGACGGACACGACGCGGACGGGCACGCCCAGGGCCUCGGCCGCGGCCUUUGCGGCCGCCCUCCAGGCCGCGGCGCCGCCGAUGCCCGUGAGGAGCAGGAACCCGCCCUUGCCGGCCAGGUCGAUGGUGGUGACGGGCUCGCCCGGCUCGGCCGUGUUGAGCCAGACGUGCGGGAGUCGGCGCCCCGGCCGGGUGCUAGGCGUGUAGUAGAGCACCUCGUCCGGGUUCUCGGGCUCGAGCGAGAGGUCGCCCAGGUCGGCGGCGUCGUCGGCCGCGCACACGGCCGAGGAGCCGACGCCGGCGUAGCGCUGGUUCAUCUCGAUCCCCAGCCCGUGGAACUCGUGCUCCGAGUUGGCGAUGGCCCACUGCAGGUCUGCGCGCCGCUUGCGGCCCGCCGGCGUGUCGGCCGCCAGCUCGGCCAGCGCGGCGCGGCGCUCGUCGACCGUCGGGAGCAGGUGGCCCAGCGCCGUGAAGACGUGGUUGUGGUCGCGGAAGCCGUCGUUGGCCCGCUUGACGAUGCCCUUGCCCACCGGCUGCCGCUCGGGCGUGUACGUGUCCAGGAGGGCGCGGCCGGCCUUGCCUGAUUUGUUUUUUGGGGGGUUUCUGUGUCAGCUAGUGCGCACCGGCCACAAUCCCAGGUACUAUGCCAUCCUGCUGCAAGACCUACCCUGCAUCACAUAUGCCAGCUUCCAGGCCAGGUUGAACGAGUCCUGGAUGCACGUGUUGGACCCGAGGCCGUUGAAGGGCGGGUGGCGGUGGACGGCGUCGCCGAGGCAAAAGACGUUGCCCUUCUGGUACGUCGACGCCACGAUCUCGUUGACGGUCCAGGUGUUGACGCGCACAAUCUCAAAGGGCGUGUCGUCGCCGAUGGUGGCGCGCACGCUGCGGCCGUAGUCGUCCAUGCUCGGCCGGUUGUCCAUGGAGUAGCCCGGGAGCGGGAACAGGAUGAACAUCCACUCGGUCCAGGGCUUGACCAUGCGCACGACGGUGAAGAAGGCAAAGUCGGUGUGCUCGCGGUCCGGCUGCAUGACCCAGUGCAGGUUGCCCGUGCGAGACUUCAUGAGGUGCGACAGGUCGGCGCGCACCAGCACGUUGAUGGCGGGCCCACCGCCGGGGCUGCGCACGAGGGGCAGCCCGAGCUGGGACACGAUGCGGGACCGGGCCCCGUCGGCGCCCAUCAGGUAGCGCGCCUCGAUGGCGUACAUCAGCCCCGUCACCCGGUCCAGCACCGUGGCGGUCACGCCGCCGCCGCCGCCGCCGCCGCCCGCGUCGGAGCCGUGGUCGACAAAGGUCUGGAACUCGGUGUCCCACCGGAUCUGGAACCCGUUGAGCGUCGCGUGCCGCACCAGCUCCGGCUCCAGCAGCGUCUGCGGCAGGUCGACGGGCAGGCAGGGGCUGGCGCGCUUGUACUCUCCCUGUGUGGGCGGGGCGUGUCAGAGCAUGAAAAAUGUGGUCACGGUAGGGAUGGGCGUCCCGUCUCCGCCCCCUCCGUCUUGCAAAACUCACUCUCCGCUUCGGGUCGUUGCCCCACGAGUGUAUCCGGGCGUACUCCCUCCCGGCCAUGCUGUGACACCAGCGCGUGUGGAUCAUCGAGUCCCCCUUGGUCGCCAGCUGCACGCACUUCUUCUCCAGGCCAAUGUCCCUCAGGCAUUCUAUCGUAUGUAUAAGUCAGUCUAGUAUAGUAG